CUGUGGAAACAUAUGACAAUAUGGCAGCUCAGCAAAAUGGCACCAUCUCCUUUGAGGUUUCAGACUUCCUCUUAAAUUGUUUCAUCAGGUCCUCCAGCUGGCAGCUCUGGCUGCCCCUGCCCCUCAGCCUUCUCUUCUUCCUGGCCAUGGGGGCCAAUGCUACCCUCCUGAUCACGAUUCGACUGGAGACCUCCCUGCAUGAGCCCAUGUACUACUUGCUUAGCUUCCUCUCCCUACUGGACAUUGUGCUCUGUCUCACUGUUAUUCCCAAGGUCCUGGCCAUUUUCUGGUUUGACUUCAGGUCCAUCAGCUUCUCUGCCUGCUUCCUCCAGAUGUACAUCAUGAAUUGCUUCCUGGCCAUGGAGUCCUGCACAUUCAUGGUCAUGGCCUAUGACCGUUACGUGGCCAUUUGCCACCCGCUUCGGUACGCAUCCAUUAUCACUGACCAAUUUGUGAUCAAGGAUGCCAUUUUUAUUUUGGCCAGGAAUAUCUUUAUGACUUUGCCCAUUCCCAUUCUCUCAGCAAGACUCUACUACUGUGGCAGAAAUGUCAUUGAGAACUGCAUCUGCGCCAAUAUGUCUGUCUCAAGGCUCUCCUGUGAUGAUGUCACCAUCAAUCGCCACUACCAAUUUGCUGUGGGCUGGACCCUGCUAGGAUCUGACCUCCUCCUCAUCUUCCUCUCCUAUGUUUUUAUACUGCGAGCUGUGCUGAGACUCAAGACAGAGAGUGCUGUGGCCAAGGCCCUAAGCACGUGUGGCUCCCACUUCAUCCUUAUCCUCUUCUUUAGCACCAUCCUCCUGGUCUUGGUCCUCACUCACGUGGCUAAGAAGAAGGUCUCCCCUGAUGUGCCAGUCUUGCUUAAUGUCCUCCACCAUGUCAUUCCUGCAGCCCUCAACCCCAUUGUUUAUGGAGUGCGAACCCAGGAGAUCAAGCAAGGAAUCCAGAGAUUACUGAAGAAAGGGUGAU